AUGCUGCCCAAGUUUAUACUGACUCGACUCUGGAGAAGAGUGUUAGUUCGGCAAAGAUUGAAACUUUACUUAACAUCAAACGACCUGUUCUCCUGCCGCCUUGUAUGCCGAGACCUUGCCACUCAACUAGAGCCAGUCCUCUUUGAGGACAUCACAAUCCGAUUCCGCUGCAGGUCACUGAGCAGGCCAUCGCGGGUCUCUGCACUCGAGCGUAUCGGACGACAUAUUCAGCAAGUGACAUUUGCCAUCGCACAUACCGCGGAGACAUUCUUACCACCAGUCAUCGACGCCGAUACGGGGAAAGAGCAGACGUUCGUGUAUACACCCCAGCACCAACAGAGGUCACCAAAGAGCCCCAAAUAUGGCACCUGGGAGAUGACAGACCUGCUAGUCAAGCAAUACCCACCUCUCUUCCAUACAGCCACCGACAUCCCCUCAUUCGUGCGAGUACUAUCCUCAAUGAAAAAUCUGUGCCAUCUGCGAAUCACCUGCGAGGGCCAACCGCCUAGUCAUCGGUACCGACGAAGCGCGGUUGACUAUGCGUUGAUUUCGUUGCGCAUUGCAGUUGAGCAGGUCUCACUCAAGUUCUUGAACAGUCUUUCGUUAUUGUCAGUCCAUCCCGCAGCCGUACUUUAUCUCCAGCCGAAUAUGGGAUUCGGCGCAUCGCCUGCCUCUCGGAAGCGAUGGUCCCAAAUUCGACAGCUUACCAUCCACAUGGAGAGUUUCCCCUACCAGGCAGGUUCGCUGACGGAUCAUUUCAAGCUUCUGCACGGGUACCUGCAAAGCUUCCCCGAGCUUCAGACUCUGGUAUUCCACUGGAAAGGCGAAAGGAGCCUUUCACCUGUGUCGCUAGCAAGUGAGCCCUGUCUGCGAAACCCGACCAACAAAAGAUCGAGGCAAUCCGAUACCAGCAGGGGGAAUUGGUUCCUCCGGCCGCUGAAAUUGCCCUACCUACAAGAGGUAGAGCUGGUCAAUGUGGUGAUGGAUGCAUCGCAGGUAGCAUCUUUCCUUUUCGAUCAUCGAAAAUCGCUGCGUGAACUCAACUUUCAAGAUGUUGUUUUGCGUACGGGCACAUGGGACGAAGCAUUGGCACCAUUGACUCGAAUAAGCGGCAGCGACAAAUGGAAACAGUACCAAGGACACGAGCGCAGCGCCGACGUGCCUAUAAUGCUGAAGCCCAUGACGACCCAGCAUUCAAUGCGACGAGGAAACCAUCCAGUCCAGAGACAGUAUCAAGGACCGUGCAGCUUGGCGACACAAGGGGAGGAACAUUCCUGGGGGAGGCCCGAUCAUAUGAAGCGGCUGGCACCGUCAUCAGCCUCGUGUCGGCGGUGA